AUGAUCGGUGCGGCGGACUUCGACGGCGAGAGUUUCGACAUAGUGGCCCAUCACACCAUCGCCGGCACAUCUGCCAGCUGGCUGCUGUUUAAGGAGCCGAAUCUGCUUUAUGCCGUGGACGAGAACAGCAACACCACCAGGCUCUUCAACUUCGACCCCGACACCAAUGCACUGAAGCUCGUUCAGAAUGCCACCGGCUCGUCUGGAGUCGUCUCAUUGCAGUUCAAUAGGGACAAGUCGGUCAUGAUUGGGGCUGCUUUUGUCGAAGGUCAGAUUGACAUCUGGGACCUCGACGAGAGGGAUGGUACCAUGAAGCUCAGGAAACAGAUCCCUGCCGGCGGCGAGCCGGGCCCCGUGGCCGGGCGACAGGACAGCCCUCACCCCCACGAGGCACUUCUCGACCCUACUGGGCAAUUUUUUGUCGUCCCCGAUCUAGGCACAGAUGCGCUGCUCGUGAUCGACACCAAGGACUUUGAGAUCCAGAAUCGUAUCCGCAUCAGCCCGUCCGGCUCUGGGCCCCGACAUGGCUCCUUCUUCCCCCUAGGCGGGCACGAGGAGGCAACACACUUCUUUAUCGCAUGCGAGAUCACCAAUUUGAUCAAGGUCUUCGAGCUGAAGUACACCGGCGACGGCCUCGGCUUCCACGAGGUCCAGUCCCUAAGCACCUUCGGCGACGAGUUCCCGCCCGCCAACCCCACGACUGCCUCGGCCGGUGAGCUUGUCAUCGACGCCGACAACAAGAACCUUUACGUUUCGAACCGCCUCACUGGCGAUGCCACGGACAACAUAUCACAUUUCUCGAUAGAUAGUAGGGACAGAGCUCCGCUCAGGUUUGUGGACCAAAUCAGCUCUGGCGGCGUGCUGCCGCGCAUGUUCUCAAUCUCCAAGGAUGACGAUAUCCUCUUUUCCACGAACCAGGACGGCGAGGACGGGCUGCUAGCCUUUGCGAAGGACAAAAGCACGGGCAGCCUGGCGGAGAAGCCCCUUGCGAGGAUCGCGCGGGAUAAGUUUGGUAAAGCAAACUUUGGGCCACAGUUUGUAAUGGAAAUUUGA